UUUACUUCUACUUUCCCAAACAUGAUCUCAUUCAUUCUGACCGCUCUUGUAUUUGUUAGCUUUCACACAUAUAGCAGACCUAGAUCUAGAUUGGUCUAAAUUUCUUGUCGAUCUCAUAUAUUAUCAUUUGGAGCUAAGUUUGCCGUUGUGAUUAUUGAUUAGCUUGUUUUGAGGUUUUCAAUUUUCACAGAGUAACACAUUCAACUCCAUGAUGAGUUCAGUGAGUCCUUUACUUGACUAUUAUGAUCAUUUAAAACAGAAUCGCGGUGAGCGGUUCUGUUUUGGCCUCACCACUGUUCUUUGGGUACUUGAAUACAUGAUGAGGUCAGUGAGUACUUCAUUUCACUUUUUUGAUCAUUUCGGUAUUAGGACCACCACUCUCAAUCGCGGUGACCGGUUCUGUGUUGGCCUCAUCACUGUUCUUUUGGUACUUGACUACAUGGCACACAUACCUAUUAUCAAAUCUGGGUUGCCCAGAUUUCUUUUUGUAAUUUCGUUUAUCCUGACUGUCCUGAUCUCAGACAUUUCCUUGGCUGAGCGUCGCUUGAUGAUGACCUUAAUUGGGCUUACUUAUUUAGCGUAUGAGAUAGUACCUAGAUAUGAGGAAAGUUCUCUUCUUAAUCGUAUCAUUAACUACACCACUCCCACUUGCCGAUAUAAGAAUUCUUUAUCUUUCAUCUCUUUGCAAGCGAUGAAUUUGUUUAACUUUACAAGUCUGAUACGAUACAUUUCCUUUACUGAGCGUCCCAUAUUCAUGUCGAUGAUUGUGUCUUUUAUUUUCUCUAUUGACUCAUUUCCUGUGUAUAUGGAAAGAUAUCUAGUUAAUCGUUUUUCUAUUGUAACCUUGAAUUUUGGGUUUGACUCCAAUGACUGGUCCCAACUCCACAUAGAUUUCGUGAGUGAAAUUGUAAAUCGACUUCAUAGCUUUGAAGAUUUUAUGGCGGCUACAGGGAUUUCCCGAACAUGGCGUUCUGCUUGUUUUGCCAUUACUAUUAGAAGGCCUCAGCAGCUUCCUUGGCUGAUGCUUUUCGAGACACCACACACUCACAGGCGACGGUUCUUUAGUCUCCUUAACAAAAAUCGUUAUCAAUUACCACUAUCCAAAGCACUCUGCGGAAAACGCUGCUGGGGGUCUCAACAUAAUUGGGUUGUAGCCUUGGGUCCUGAUUAUAGAGCGCACCUUGUGCCCCUUAUGAAAGGAGAGCCAAUUACUCUUCCACCACUAGACACAAUUCGUGGAGAUGCUCCAGAAGAGUGGUUUCGCCUUGCACACAAAUUCAUUCUUUUCAAGGACCCCUCCCAUGAUCAUGAGCUAUAUUUCCUUGUCUUUGCAAUUUUCAGCCCCAUGAAUUGCUUGGCUUUUGCUAGAGUGGGAGAAGGAGCAGCUUUGAACAGAAGAGGACAAGAUGAAUGGGUCAUUGUUACCAAUCCAGACAAUUUGAAAUUCAAAGAUGUUGCAUGUGUUAAUGACGAAGUAUAUGGACUUUGUGAUGAAGGCACACUGGUGCACUUUGAACUCGAUGCUCCUCUGUUACCUGAGGUACAAGUUAUUGCUUCCCAUCAACCAGAUGUACGGGAACCCCGAAAACUUUAUUUGGUGGAGUCAAUGGGAAACCUUUACAUGGUUUUUCGUUAUGGAUAUCUUAUUCCUUCGCAGAGGAGGCAUGUGACUACGUCUUUUUUGGUCUAUAUGUUCAAUUUCAGUGCAUUGGCUUUUGAGGAAGUGGGAGACUUAGAAGGUCAUGCUUUUUUUGUCGAUGAUGGCAACUCCUGGAGCAUUCCUACAAGCAUGAUCCCUGGAAUAACUAAUAGGAUCUAUUUCACAGAUGACCAUUGGGACUGGCCAAUGUACCUAGGAGGGGCAUAUGGAGGCUGUGAUCUGGGAGGGUUUAACAUGGCAAAUAGGUUUAGGCAAUCCCUUCCAUUCGGUAAGGUCAGCCCUCCUUCUUAUUCUCGACCAAUUCUGGUUACCCCUCCUAUUCGUUUGGAUUAGCUUCUCUCUUCUUUUUUUUUCUUUUUUUUUUUUUUU